GCACUAUCCUUAGCUCUUGUGGGUCUGAUCGCUCUAUUCGCCUUUUGGGCAAAGGAAGGGGAUACAUGGAUAACAAGAAUGUCUUAAGUGAGGCCCACUCACGCACUGUAAGAUGUGUGGCCUGGUCUCCCUGUGGGAAAAACAUGGCCUCAGCUAGUUUUGAUGCUACAGUUAAUAUAUGGGAUUGUAAAACUAAUGACAUUGAGUGUAUAACCUUAGAGGGUCAUGAAAAUGAGGUAAAAUGUGUUGACUGGUCAGCAUCAGGGUCUUUGUUAGCCACCUGUUCAAGGGACAAGUCAGUGUGGGUAUGGGAGGUUACGGUGAUGAUGAGAGAGUGUUUGUCAGUGAUGCCAUCCCACACUCAGGAUGUCAAGAAAGUAGUCUUUCAUCCCAGUGCUGAUAUUCUUGCAUCAGCCUCUUAUGACAACAGUAUCAAACUUUAUAAAGAGGACGUUGAUGACUGGGCUGUGUUUUGCACUUUGAAUGGACAUGAAUCAACUGUCUGGGGUCUUGCUUUUGAUGCUUCUGGACAUCGUUUGGCUUCCUGCUCUGAUGAUGGCACAGUCAAGAUAUGGCAGGAAUAUCAUCCAGGGAAUGAAGAAGGAAACACACCAAAUAACGAGCCUGUAUGGAAAUGUGUGUGUACAUUAUCUGGGUAUCACAGUCGUCCAAUAUAUGACAUUGAUUGGUGCCACUCUGGGGCUAUCGUCACUUCUUGUGGAGAUGAUGCCAUUCGUGAUUUCAAAGAGCAGUCCGAAUCCUCUAAAAAUGCUCCAGUGUAUGAUCUUAUUGUAACUAUACCCCAGGCACAUACUGAAGAUGUCAAUAGUGUGGCUUGGAACCCAGUAGUGGGAGGAUUACUGGCAUCUGCCAGUGAUGAUGGAACAGUUAAAAUAUGGGACUUUUCAAAAAUAUUUUGAAUUCUGUAUCUGAGACUUGGCACAUUUUAAACCACUAAAAUUUUUUAGUUUAAUUGUUAUUGUAGUGCACAUAGAUUUUGUUAUAAUAUACUUAGUCAUAGUUGUGGUGUAAUUGUCAUAAAUAAUGUAUAAAUAUAACUAUUGCUUGGCAUACAUUAUGUAAUGCUCUGUUGUAUAUGAUUGACGCCUUUCUUUUACAUACAACAAACUCACAGUACAGUACAGUAUAGGGGACAAAAAUUUAUUUGAGGAUGUAAAUGGUUCUCCUUAUGUAUAUUGUAUAUUUGUAAUAAGAAAUACACCCUAAGACAGUUAUUACUGUCAUCGUGGUGUAUUCGUAUACAUUCAAUAUUAAGCUGUGGACUGUACAGUAAAACAUUAUUAAUUCAUUUGAAUUACUGCACAGUAGAAGGAAGGUAGAUAGCUACAAAAAAAUGUACAGUACAUGCUGGACUAAGUGGAUCAUGUGUUUAAUAAGCCAAAAUGUAUACGUUAUUGUUUCAAAAAAGCAGUGCUUCACCCUUGAUGAAGUCUCCCUUUCAUAGAGUGCCUUCUGAAUCUCUUAUUUAGGCACCUUAUUUUAAUAAAACUUAAUGGUUCUCUCUCAGAAUUCUUUGUCUUUGGGCAGUGGCCACUUUGAAUUGUAAGUUGAUGACAUUGAGCCAGUCAGGGAAGUACUUGGUUUGUGGUGACCAUCAUAUCAUUUGUUUGAUUUGAUACAGCUUCACUGUGUAAAUAAAAUAUAUUAAAGAAAGUACAUGUACCUACCAACCUCUAUGUGCUGAGUGGCAGGACUGUUGGUGCACACAAACAAAAGGGACACAUUUAUGUAGUUCAACAAUUUUACUAUAUUUUAGAUUAAUUUUCUUUAUCAAGUACCCCUCCCAUGUGUGCUCAAAUUCCAACUAAAGUACAGAUUUGAAAAGGUUUCUGAAUUAGGUAGAAUUUUGGAAAUAAUUUCAUCAUGCAUUAAAUAAAACACUGAAAAUAAA